CACGCGUUAUGCGCGCCCUAUAGCGUAUUAUGUUCCUCCCCGAGCUCCCGCGAGCCUGCAUGGUGGACGACGUAGCGACGUACCUGCAAGCGCCCUCCUCGGGACAGGUGGCUACAAUAUAUUAACAACAAAGCCCAUAUGACGAGUUCCAUCCGUUCAUAGAGGCCCUGAUGCCUUUUGUAAAGUCCUUUUCGUACACGUGGUUCAAUUUGCAAGCGGCCAAAAGGAAAUAUUACAAAAAGCACGAGAAACGGAUGAGUCUAGAGGAGGAGCGACACACUAAAUAUGAACUACAGAACGAGAAAGCAGAAGUGAAACAUAAAUGGGCAUCGCGGUUAUUAGGCAAGUUGAGGAAAGAUAUCACACAGGACUGUAGGGAGGACUUCGUGUUGAGCAUCACAGGGAAAAGACCAGCCGUCUGCGUGCUCUCCAACCCUGACCAGAAGGGGAAGAUGAGGAGGAUAGACUGUCUGAGACAAGCUGAUAAGGUGUGGCGAUUAGAUUUAGUGAUGGUUAUAUUGUUCAAAGCGAUACCCCUAGAGAGUACGGAUGGUGAACGUUUAGAGAAACACCCCGAGUGCACCCAGCCGGGGCUGUGCGUGAACCCCUACCACAUCAACGUGUCAGUGAGAGAACUCGACCUGUACCUGGCGAAUUUCAUCAACAGCUAUGGUAAUGGAAGCGACGGUCUGCCAGAUAUACUUAGCGGAUCUCUCUCGCCUCACCCGAAUAGGGACAAAGAGAAUGAACACGAGGCUAAGAACAAAGGGUAUACCCAUAAUCCAUACAACGGUGUUAUUUGCAACGAUAUCAUUUUAGCGACCGGUGUCUUCUCUUCGAAGGAGCUUUGGAAGCUGUCUAAAGCGUCUAUCCUCCAGGAGACGGGAGCGGAGUCCCCGGGAGGCUCCGGCGGCGGUAUAAAAUUGGAGUCCACGUACUACGGCUACAACAGUCCAGCGCCGCCCGCCUUCGAGCCGCAGACCGACCGGGGCACGCCCUCCGCCAUGCUGGUCGGACAGUGCUUCAGUAUCCCUCACAGCUCGGCGGGCCUGAGCGGCCAGUCGCCUCUCGUUCCUUCCAACACCAUCUUCUACCAGCACGCCCCGGCCGCCGACACUCACUCCACUCCGUCGGAGUCUCUGAACCAGCACGGGAAAUACGAGGGCGGUCAGGACUCGCUCGGGGACUUCGUGACCUUCGUGUGUCAGGAGCCGCCCGCGGACGUGCAGCAGCUACAGGUGCACAGCCUGUCUCGUAGUCCCAAACCGCCGUACUUCAGCAGCUCGAUGCUGCCCCCGCCCCCGCUCCCGCCCAUGGCCAGGCCGGUCACCAUCAUCAGAUCCACGGCGAGCGAGGCGGGCGGGGGCGGCGGAUCCCCCUCGUCCCCGGAGCUGCGCUCGCCGCCCGCGUCUCCGCGCCGCCGCUCCCCUCACUACCGGGACUGCGCCCCCAUCAGCCACUUCAACCACUUCCACCAGCCGCAGCAGGUGUUCAGUUACGGUGCUGUGGGAGGGAGCUCUCCCCCGGGGGGACUCGGCCUGUACGCCCCGCGGGCCGCUCCUCGCGCUCCGCCACGUUAUGACCCCUACAGAUGGAACGCGCCCUUCCCCACGCUGGAGGACGAGUUCAACAUCAUGACGGCGCCCGCCGGACCCGACCACGUCGUGUUGCUGGAUGACGAGCGGUUCUUCCAAUCGAACGUGAUAUCGUCGGACGGGUCGGCCAUGGACACGUCGGGCGCGGGCGUGGGGUCGGUGGGGUCGGUGGGGCCGGGGGGGGAGGGCGGCGAGCUGGCCCCGGACAAGCCGCCGCCGGAGCUGCGGUCGCCGUGAUCCCCGCACGAGGCGUCCCUGCCCCGCUGGACGCCCGCGCCUCCCCCGCACUGGCGCCCCGUCACACAUCGGACUCCAUGACCGCCGUACUGCACAUUUCGUUUCUCGACAAUAAUUUUGGCCACACUGAGGUUCCGAUGUCUCGCCUCGCGGAGUGAAGCGGCCGGUGUGCGUGUUGAUGGUCGAGGUGGGGCUUCGAUCGGGACUUUGGAUGUUCGUUCGGUCGGGACCGCCGCGCCCGUCUGUGGCGGGGUGCGGCGGCCUCCCGCGGCCGGCCGCCGUGUGGGCGAUGAAAUGGAUCGCAGCCGUCGGAAAAAUGAUGUAAAAAAUAUGACGUUACCGUACUGUAAAACAUAUAUUCUAAUAUUUUUAUAGAAUAUGAUCGAGCCUUCCAGUAGUUUAGUGAGACGUUAUAAAUCUGCUUAAAGGAUCGUGAGCCGCCCCGCCGCCGCCCGGGCCGCCCGGGCCGGCCGCAGGGUCGGUGUGAUAUUUUGAAUUGUUUUUGUUUCGUUGUUGUGCGUUUGUUCGACCUAGUGUAAGCGAUUAGAUUAAAAGGUUUUUUGUUUAACUUAUUGAACGAAUAUUUAAGACAGACGGAGCCUUGCUUAUGAUUACUUAGACGUAUUUAGACGCUGGGUCCUCAUCUAUUGUUUCGGAACGAACUUUCCGUUCCCCCGGACGCGCCCGCCGCGGCUCGCGGGGGCGCCGGGCGGGAGUAGUGCGGUAUAUAUAAAAGUUGAAGUCAAUUACGAGAGUUCGCAUCGAAACCGAUAGCCGUAGAUCUGUCGAGGGAUAUUAUAAUGGGUGCCUUUACUAAAGAAAACGUAUAUUGAAUAGGAUAUUGUAGCGUUUUGUUUGAUCCAUCCAUUUAAAGUUAUAUGGUCUCAUCGUAGUGUCGGUCGCACCGGACACGCCGACAGCAGAUCAAUGUCGGCCUCUCGUUCAUCGCACGAUGUGUAACCCGCCUUACAUCACCCGAUGUCUGUUCUCAGCCUUCAUGAAGUCAUUCGUUCCUUUCUCUACCCUGUGUCGUUCGCUAUUCGAGUCUACCCUUCCCGCGGCCAUAAGUGAGAAGCUAGUCAUUAGUGUUACAAUGUAAAUUUAUUGUACUUAAAAAUAGAGAGUAUUUACAAAAAAAAACCUCCUUACGUUUACUAGUAAGGGAGAACUAAAUUCGUGGCCAAAUUACACUUAAUGAGAUCCAAGAUAUAUAUACACAAUUUUUAAUAGAUUUAGAUUUAAGCGGUGUACGUUGAUUUGUAGGCGACUUCUUUCUCGGUAUUUUUUCUUUACAAUCUAACGUUAUAUAUACGUAUAUAUUUUGUUUCCGAUGUUUUUCAACCGACGAACUCAGUUUUUGAACUCAGUUUCGUCGACCGUUAUCUUUGUUCGGAGAUAUUGUUUUUUAUGGAUACAAUACUUUGCCGUACGAUGAUUAGCGUAGCAUAGUGGAACUAGCAAUAAAUGACAAGCAAUAAAAUAUAUGAUAUAAUAUAUAAACGGCUUUAGUGAAGCUAGGUCGGUACUGAAUCCACUGGAAUAUUUGUAUUGCCAUAUAUUUUGUAGACACGUCGACGGGCCGAGUCCGUCUCGGAGGCGCAGCUCGCCAGUCGGACGGUCGGAGAGGCGGGGACUAUAGUCAAUUGCUAGCUGUAGAUGGAGGGUAGGACGUAGACAGUAGACGCGUAGACCGACAGACGCCGGCGUCGCCGACACGGAACGCCGGCGCGGCACCGACUGUGAUCCAAUCGUUCGUUCAGCAGGUGUCUCAUAUUGGAGUAGGUUGUGUAUGGCACGGAGCCGGUCGGUGGUAUAUUGUCACAUAGGGCGAUGCGUUUUGUUACGGACGUGCGAGGAGAUGUACAUUUGUUAUGGACGACCUAUAUAGAUUCAGUAGAAAUAGCUUCGCAAUAGAACCACGCGACAGGCGCCUCGCUCACGCCGAGGUGUCCAGCGGCCCAGGAGGCGCGCGUCGGCCCGCGCCGCGCGGUGUCAGCGACGAGGUCUGUCGUCACGUUUACUUUACGGGAGUUCGGUUAGCAUCCUUGUUGUGGUGUGGAGUAACGGAGCCUAAACAUUAUGUGCCUUAGAUACAACAAUAUUGUAUAUUUACGAUGCGUUCUAUACAACGUGCUAACUAGAAAUAAAAAUUUUAAUAUUAUUUUAAAAUGCCUCGUCCUCUUAAUGUCGUUGUUGUAUUGUUUACGCGAAGGCUUGUACGGAUGUCUUUACUGUUGUGUACUGAUCCUGUUUUCGUGGUGACUCCUUCGACCCACCUUCCCCGUUUCCUUUGUCCUCUUGACUCCGAUAGUUGUUUUGACCGACGGAACCCUCGUCAUCACAAGUUAAGUAAUGCUUCGACGCGUAGUUUCGCUAAUGAUAAUGUAUCCUAUAAUUUAGUACUUACCCUAUACCCUUACCUAUCUAUAUGCUUAUAUAAGAAUCGCGUUAUCGAUUAGCCUCGCUUUUUCUUUCCUUAUCUAUAUCUAUAUCUAUAUCUAUAUCUAUAGUUUCCGCGUCGCUUCUUUAUAUCUAUAAUCGUUUAUAUUUUCAUCCUAAAGUAAAAUCCGUCUUAAUAAGUUUUUCUUUUGUAUGGACUAACGUACGUAAUUAAUUGUAAAGUUGUAACUUAGAUCUAGUUAUGUUUUAGUUGAACGAAUUAAUUUAGCGAAUUUAAAUUAUAUUUUCUCGUCGAUGUCUUUUGUUUCUUUGUAAAUAUAUUAUUUAUAAUUUUCUAUAUCAGAGUUGCGAUGUUUCUGUUUAACUCGUCUCGGUAAUGUCACUCGCGUCUUGAUCUAACAUAACUCACCGACGCCGUGCUGUCGCCGAUGGAUUUUUUUUUUAUUUUUUCCCUUUUAUAUUACGAUGGUUUAAACUUUAACUUGUUUCAUUAUAAUUCUGUAUUGUGGUACUGCUUGGGUGAAUCGGACGAAUGUGACGUCAUUAUAAGUACAUUCGUGUCGAUUUACACACGCGACUAAACGAUAGACUUGUAAAAAUGUUAUUACAUGUAUUUUUAACCUAUACAUAGUAAGAUAUUUAUAGAAUUUUGGUCGUUUAAUUAUUUUGAACGACUUGUUAUAAAGAAAAUUGGUGCUUAAAGCUUAAACAAAAGGAACAGUCACGAGCUGUGUAUUGUCGGAGGAUGGAGCAUACAGCAUGCGUUGUUAUGCUCAUUUAUACGGAGUUAUUGGAAACCAUGGUUAAAACAAUCAAAUUGUUUAUACAAAUCAGUUUAAAAGAGUUUUAAUGUUAAACACUCACCGUUCGACAUGACAUGACUUCCCGCGCUGUCACUUGACGCACACUACGAUGGGUUCUUUAUACGUCGCGUUUCGUUUAUGCAUUGGGUGUUUUAUGAUGCGAUGGUUUUAAAUGAUUCCGUACUAAAUAAGCAAUUAUAAUAAUGUAGGUAAACUUUGCUCAAUAACGAUGAAAACUGAAAGUGUUACAGUUGAUGCAAUACAAAGAUACAUA